AUGGCUCAUCAGGAAGAAUUAUUUGCUGUGAAAAAAUAUUUCAAAGAAACACAUUCUCGUGAGAUUAACUUCUGCGAGAAUUUAAAGAAUUUCUUAGAAACGCAAAAUAUUUAUGAAAAUAUUAGUGAUUCUAUCAACGAUGGCAAUCUUCUUACUGCUAUUGAAAAAUUGAUGAAAGUUGAAAGUAUCAGAUAUCAUUUGCUCUCAAUAGCCAAAUCUCAUGACAAUUACGAUAAUAUCAUUAAGCUCAUAACACCGUAUUAUAAUCAACUUGAAGAUAUAUAUGCAAAUUUUUUAAAAGAAGCAAAGUAUUAUUGCUCUCGAGGCAUUGAUAUUAUACGUGGAAAAAAUCAAGAAACGAAAAAACAGCUUGAAGUGGUUCUCCGAGCAGUUGAAUUAGAUAACAAAGUUGAUAAAUUAUACGAAAAUAAUCUAUUCAAAAUCGUCAAUCGUCCACACUGCUGGCGUCAAAUGCUUUUUGAUAUUGUUGAAGAACGAAUUCAGCAACGAAUAGAAGCAUUUCAAAUCGAAGAUAGAAAAUUAAACAAAAACUGGCUGAUAAGGUAUGGUGAUUAA